AUGGGGUUUGUGAUACCGAUGGCUGUUAUUGUUUUCUGUCAUAUUAUGAUCUACAGGACGGUAAUAGCGUCACGUAGGCUGGCACAAAGCGGAAGUUACGACCAACGGCUACAUCACAAGAAAGAGACGAAACUGUUCAAACUCAGUAUUGUUAUUGUAGCGGCCUUUCUAACAGCAUGGACCCCCUAUGCCGUUGUUUCAUUCUAUGAAGCCUUUGGAAAACCAAAGAAUUUAAAUCCACUGUUGUCUCUAAGUGCUGCACUGUUUGCGAAGUCGGGGGUUAUAUGGAGUUGCGUCAUAUACAUUUCGGUGAUGGAUGAAUUCAGGAAACAGGCAACUGCUAUGGUAACAUGCAUACGACAGAAACGUGAAGAGGUGGUCAAACAAGCUGGUGUAUAUAGAAACUGUACACGAACACGCAAAGAGAUGCUUCUACUCAAACUCAGCAUUGCUUUUGUUUCGGCAUUCGUAAUUUCAUGGACACCCUACACUAUCGUUUCAUUUUACGUGGCUUAUGCUAGACCAGAACAUCUUGACCCUUUGCUCUCGAGAAGCGCCGCUCUCGUCGCUAAAUCCCAGGUUUUGUGGAAUCCAGUUCUAUACAUAAUCAUUGUUGACGGUUUUAGGAGAAAGAUCUUUGACAUGCUUCCCUGCAAAAAACGAAAUCGAGCGGCGACAACUUUAACAACAAUUGCUUUUAACAAUCUGGAUGAAUAUACGGGUAGAAAUGUACAGACACUGGCAUUACGACAGGAAAAUCAUAAGAUUUCUACAACACUGAGGAAGCCUACUGAUUUAUCAAUAAACCAGAAUCAACAUAUGAAAAUAUCAGAUUCAUCGAAAAGUGCAGAAAAUAUUCAUGACAUUCGAAACGUUUCUUUUACCGCAGAAAAGGUCAAAGAAAACAUCAGCAUGACAGAUGGGCAAGUAAAGAACCCACGUGUUCAGGAAAUUGCUACGAACAAGACAGAAAAUAUACAAAUUGUUGCCGCUGAGGCGUCUAGUAUACCAUAUGAAGAAGGAACGUCAAAUAUACCUAAAACUGCGAAAGAUAAAACGGUAGCACUAGAUUCUGCAAAAGGAAAUCUAAAUACGUUUGAAAGUUCGAAAGGGACAUUAAAUGAACAUGUGUCUAAUAAUUGGGAAGGCAUAUCACAGAAAUACGAUGUAAUGGAAGUGCCAUCAAAUAUAACUCUCGUAAAAGGCGCAUCCAUGAAGAGUGUAAGUGACAGAAAGAAUACUAAUUGCUGUGAUCCAGAUAAACGUCUUACGAAAGAAAUUGUAAAUGACCAUAAAGUUGGUAUUUUGCCACCAUUGAAGUCACCUGUCAAUCGUACAGCCAUCGUUAACGUAAUAACCGAGGACAAGGACCUGAUACCCAUUGUCAGUCUGUGA